AUGGGCCCUGGGUCUAUUUCCGAGGCUGUGGCGUACAGCAACCCGCAAUACCUGGCAAUAGACGACAAAAUCGACGAUAGAUUCGAAGAUCACGAUUGCGAUGGAGGAGGAGUGUCAACUGUUGACUCUCUUGACGAAGAUCAGCUUCCAGUAUACGACGACCUGGAUGGUCAGCUGUGGAGUAUAUUCGACAACUCUUCUUUGCCGGAAGAGAUGGCCCGGGUUGAAAUAGAUCAAAGCAUCCACACGACUUUAAUGGAACACCAACGAGAAGUUGUAGACUUCAUUAUCAACAGAGACUGUGGAAAUGCAGCCAAGCAUCGAAGACUUUGGACGGAAGAUCGCACAGAUGAGGGUCUUGUUAUGUUUCGUCACAAAAUCACUGGUGUCCCCAGUCCAACUCCAGCAGAUGUGCCAGGAGGAAUUCUCGCAGAUGAUAUGGGCUUGGGUAAGACCCUGAGUAUGAUAGCAACUAUAGCCACUACGCUGGCUUCCGCGAAGAGCUAUGUGAACUCAGGGGAUGCCAAAAGAAGAGCCCAAAUGACGCCGACACCAGCGACACUGGUGAUAGUCCCCUCAGCUCUUUUGCUUGAUAAUUGGCUUGAGGAGAUAACGAAACACGUUAGGCCAGGGACGCUUCGCUGGCACAAAUACCACGGUAUGAUGAGGCAGCUUGAUCUCAAGUCCAUCGGUUCAUACGAUAUUGUGUUGUCCACUUACGGGACUGUGGCGGCCGAUUUGGCUCGAAACCGCGGGUUGCUAAACCAGAUACAUUGGUAUCGGAUAGUGCUCGAUGAAGGCGGCCAACCCAGCUUGAUAUUCUCGUUUUGGAAGAAAACACUCGAUUCUGUCUCAGACGCCUUCAACAAGGAGAGUAUUCGAUAUGCUCGCGUAGAUGGAUCUCUAUCCCAGUCCCAACGCAAGAAAGCUCUACAGACCUUCCGAAACGAUGAAGACACCAGAGUACUCUUGGUAACAUUUGGCACGGGAUCAACUGGGCUGAACAAUUUGUGCAUUGCUACUCGUAUCCACAUCUUCGAGCCGCAGUGGAAUCCGACGGUGGAGAGCCAAGCCAUAGGACGUCUAUUUCGGCAUGGACAAACCAACAAAGUGCACAUCACACGAUACAUCUGUCAAAACACGGUCGAGGAAGCCGUCGAAAGUAGACAGCUCAGAAAAGUCGAACUUGCACACCGUGGAGGCCUGCACGGUUCAAGAAAUGACCGAUCACCGGCCAAGACAAGAUUCAUGGCCUUGAGAGACUACAUCACGAAGUAUAUGGCAUCAGACGACUUCAAGAACAUAGAUCAAUAA